AUGGAGUACAAUAUGCAGAUGAGAAGUUGGUUAAUAGUGUUGUUAAUUUCGAUGAUGAUAAUGAUGGGAGACCAAGCCCAUGCCCAGCUCACCAGUGACUUCUACCGGGAAAGCUGUCCUUCACUAUUCCCUGCGGUGAGACGGGUGGUGCAACAGGCCGUAGCCAGAGAGCGUCGCAUGGCUGCUUCUCUCCUCCGUCUCUUCUUCCACGACUGUUUCGUCAACGGUUGUGACGGAUCAAUAUUGCUGGACGACACAUCCUCUUUUGUUGGAGAGAAAACCGCAGGACCUAACAAUAACUCAGUGAGGGGAUUCGAAGUGAUCGAUAGAAUCAAGUCGAGGGUUGAGAGAUUGUGUCCAGGAGUCGUCUCAUGUGCAGACAUUCUUGCCAUCACUGCUCGUGAUUCCGUCCGCCUGUUGGGUGGGCCUAGCUGGAGCGUGAAGCUUGGAAGACGAGACUCUAAGACAGCUAGCUUGUCGGCCGCUAACUCCGGCGUCAUCCCUCCUCCGACGUCUACUCUCAACAACCUCAUCAAACGUUUUAGAGCACAAGGUUUGUCCCCACGUGAUUUGGUUGCUCUCUCUGGUGCACACACCAUUGGACAAGCCAAGUGCGCCACAUUCAGAAACCGUAUCUACAACGAAAGCAACAUCGAUCUCACUUUCGCCUUGUCCAGACAAAGGACCUGCCCUCCCUCCUCCGGCUCCGGUGACAACAAUGCAGCCACUCUUGACCUCCGUUCUCCCGGUAGAUUCGACCGUAACUACUACAGGCUUCUUCUCAACCACAGGGGUCUUCUCACGUCAGACCAAGUCCUCUUCAACAACGGUUCCACUGACUCACUCGUCGUUGCCUAUAGCCGUAGUCUCGACGCCUUCUAUAGUGACUUCGUAAAGGCUAUGGUUAAGAUGGGUGACAUCAGUCCCCUUACUGGAUCCAAUGGUCAGAUCCGUACCAACUGUCGCAAGCCCAAUUGA